AUGUGGUUAUCCCUUUCGAGUAUUAUCAAUUUUGUGUUGGAUUACGGGUUUGCCCUUUUGGUGUUAGUUAUUCUCGUUGGGUUUUGCGUUGCGAGUGGGAUGUAUGUCUUCUCACUUUUCGUUGAAGAACGCCCGUCACACGCCAAAAUGAUAGUCAAAAUCCUCGUAGUAGGGUCAUUAUUGCAAACAAUUCUUUGUCUUAGAUUUAUCCCUUGGUAUGUUGUGUGGAUUAAUAUCAUAGGACAUAUCAUUUACUUAAUGGUUUCCAACGAGAUCCCAUACAUCAACUACACCUCCCCCAUUUUCUUUGCGGGAUGUGUUACUGCUGUCUCUUCACAUCUUGCCUUUGCUAUCCACUUCAUCCUCUCACCACAUUGGGAAUUCUGGAGACUUCUCUUGGUGAACAUUUACACCCUUUGGACAGUCCCUCUGUUGUUGGUGUGCUCAGCAGUUACGGCCCCUGAGGCUCUUGUUGGGGCUGGUGAAGACGAAAACGUACAUAGAAGCUUAUUUGCUCGAAUGCUUAAAAAGCUCUUUGGUAAAGCCGCUGCCUUCGUAGAAAAAAUGAAUUGA